GAGAUUCAACAGCUUGCCCCGUCCCAGUGUCCACUUAUUACAUUGUCCUUUGUCUCCAUUCUCUAUUUGACCCUGCCGCUCUACUCUCGCUAUCUUCCCCCCUUAUUUUACACCUGACCUGGCCAUAGAUUGUUGUUUGGAAGGCGAUAAAUUGUCCCCUUUAGCCUGGGGCUGUCUGCUAGCAUGGAGACUCUUAAAGCGGUGUUCUUCAAGCCGGACCCGGCGGCCCAGAUGAGAAAAUGUAACGCUUUAAUUCGUGGUAAUACUCGAAAAUUGGACCGCGAUAUCGCGCAGCUCAAAGCCCUUGAUAUAAAGACGAAGCAGUUCAUUGUCGCCGCCUCCCGCAGGGCACAACGGAACCCAGCACGGGCUAGCCAAGCAGCCCAGGAAACGAGGAUAUUCGCCAAAGAAUUGAUCAGGAUUCGAAAACAAAGCGCACGCUUGAACACUAGCAAGGCGCAGCUGGAAAGCGUGAGAAUGCAGGUCAACGAAGCCUUCGCCGUAAGGAAGAUUGAAGGCAGUCUGAAGACGUCCACAGGGAUUAUGAAAGACGUCAAUAUGUUGGUCAGGUUACCACAGUUAUCAGAAACAAUGCGGCAGUUAAGUUUGGAACUGGUCAAGGCCGGCAUAAUUGAAGAGAGUAUAGAUGAUGCACUCCUAGACGACCAACUGCUGGAGGGCGAAGAAGAAGCAGCCGAUGCGGAAGUGGAUAAGGUGCUGCAGGAAAUCUUGCAGGGCAAGCUUGCCAAGGUCGAGGGCCCGAGAGUGGAGGAGCCGCUGGAAGAACCAGCCGAGGAGGAGUUCGAAGACCAAGAAGCUACCCUCGAACAGAUGCGUGGGCGUCUGGAAGCUUUGAAGAGCUAAUAAUAUGUCGCCCGGCCCCUCAACCUGUUCCAUUUACGACUUGCAUGUGAGGCGAGCGCCUUCCGUUGUAUACUUGCUCAUUUGGCGCUCAAUUAUAUCUAUGUCGAACACGACAUUAUGUGUCUACGGCUUUACGGAGUACUAAUAUACUGUUUGGAGUUGGUAUUUUGCU